UCUCCGCCUCAAACAGCAGUAGGCCUAUCUUAUCCCAGUAUAUCGUCCACAUAUUUAUGACCGAAUCCCGGCUUCUUUCUCCAAGGUUUCUCAGGAGCCAUGGCUUCUGCUUCUACCAAACAACUGCUCCACCAAGCCUUUCCCAAAUACUCCCCCUUGCAAUUCUCUCCAUAUUUGGUCGUCCCUUAUUCGCUUGCAUUCACGACCAGGUACACCGCUAAUCGGCUCUCCAAGCUAGUCGAAUUUUCCGGCCAGCGGAACCUGGCAGCUGUCUCAAAGGCAUCUUCGGGAACCGGCGGCACUCCGCCCACCGACGAAGACGAUGAUGGAGUGUCUUUGGGGACAAUGAAGUUGCCCCCCGACACCGAUCUUCCGAGAUUUGAGAGCUUGCUCUUUCAGUGGGCAAACAGCCUGUGCCAAGGAGCCAACUUGCCACUUCCAGUUCCUCUGAAGGUAGAUAAAAUUCCUGGUGGAGCAAGACUGGGAUUCAUCACCAUUAGAGAUGACGGGAUGACAGAGGUUCUCGUGUACAUAGACUGCUUGGUUUUUCCGGGGACAGAUGGCUCGGCUCCGCUUUUCCGGGCGGUAAGGAACGGAUCCUUGAGAGAUCAGCCAGCCCCGGGAGAGCCACGCAUAAUGAGAAGCCUUCUGCAGGCUCUCAAGAAGUCUGCCGAAAUAGCUAGAGUUUGAAUCUGUAUUUUCCUUUGAGUUGCGAGGUGGUAUAUUUGCUGUCAUAUCCUGUAGUUAAGACUUCAAAUUCAAUUCCACUGUCUGCAAGCCCUUUCAA